AUGGUGUCGGUCCUCACAUCCAACCCGACAGUCACACUCACUCCGGAGCCUCUGACAGAGGAGAAUUUCGCACCGUUCGGUACAGCAGUGGUCUCCCCAUUACCGAGAGAACUAAAUAUCGCCCCUGAAUCAUCAUGCCUACCGCCACAUAACCCAACCCCGGUACUGGCGAACCAAAACUCCGCUCUCAAAUACAGUCCCAUCUCCCCGCUCAUCGACCGAUACACCAAUUUAUGUCCAAGCGGGCAGCCCUCCGAGGCACGCAUGACCAUGUUUUGCUGCUUCCCGCGCGUUUUGCGCACUGUCAGCGGCGGCCCCCAGAUGCCAGACCGGGAGGUCUUUGACGUGCGGAUCCUUGAGCGCCACCCGUUUACUAAUCAAACUUUCAUCCCGGUCGAUUUAUCCGCCCAUUCCAAGGUCGGGGAUGAUGAGGAAGAACCGUUGUUUUUGAUAGUGGUUGCCCCCACUCUAAAGUGGAGGACUGCUACCGCGGAGAAUGAGGCCGGCGAGACGGUCACCAUUCGUGACCCGCCGGAUCUGAAUAAUAUUAAGGCGUUUGUGGCGCGUGGUGGUCAGGCUGUGACUUAUGGUGUUGGCACGUGGCAUGCCCCUAUGGUAGUUUUGGGUCAUAGGAGGAUUGAUUUCGUUGUUGUGCAGUUUGUUAAUGGGGUUGGGGGUGAGGAUUGCCAGGAGGUUGCGUUUAAGGAGGGUCUUGUUGUUGAUCUUGGUCGCGAGGGUCAACACGGUCGGAUUGAGAAGGGUCCGAGGUUGUGGUCACCUAAGCUUUGA